UCGUGUUUGAUUUCACCCCUGAGAAGUCACUGGUGGAUUCCACGGUUUUUGAGUAAUCAGGCAGGCGGAACCAAGUUUUGAAUUCGCGUACUACACGAGACUAUAAAUUAGUGAGCGCAGGUGCGCUUGACUGUUUGUAUCUGUCACGGACUAAGAGGCAUUUUUAUUUGGUUUGUGUUCUUGGGAUUUUCGGACCGUGAACGGCCUACAUGUAUCGAAACUACGGGAACUUUGGGCGAGGAACGGAUCAGAACUUCCCGGAUAAUAGUUCUGAGUCUGUUUCGAGCUCCGCUAGCGGUAUUCAAACUACCAGCACCGGUACGACUCAGCGUCAAGAGCCAAAGUACUCAGUAGCUGGAUCCAGUCAGUUUGUUCCCACUCUAAAUGACAUAAAUUCAAACCAAGACCUACAGUGGCUUCUGCAGCCUUCUAGUUUUUCAAUGCCAGGAUCAUCCAAGCAGCCUGUUCGUCACCCUUAUCCUCUGCCCCCAAGAUUUGCAUCUGUGAACCUUCAGCCUACCCAGUCACACUUUCUCCGAUCAGGAGUCAUCAGGGCAAUAACAGGCUCAGGAAGCUCCACAAGACGCAGAAAUGAUGAACAAUUAUCAGCAGAAGAACUUGAAAGACGAAGAAUUAGAAGGGAACGAAACAAACUGGCUGCUGCCAAGUGUAGGACUCGUCGCCGUGAACUAACUGACUCGCUUCAGAAUGAGACUGACCAGUUGGAAGACAAAAAGUCCCGCCUGCAGAAGGAGAUUGCUGAGCUGCAGAAGGAAAAGGAGAAGCUUGAACUGGUUCUUGAGGCCCACCGACCCAUCUGCAAAGUCCAGGACUCUGAUUCAGACUCUGACUCGAAUCCUGUUCUUCCUUCCCUGGGUGGAAUCAAAAUUGAGCCAGCAGAUUCUGAACUUCCUGGACCCUCUACAAAAUGCCAGAUGUCCACCAAACAAGAGAAACCAAAGCCAAAAAUCAUCAUUCCACCUUCAACCUCUUCUGGCAGUAUAAAUCCAGAAUCAGACUCCCUCCACACGCCGAUCCUCAUUUCCACGCCCUCUCUAACGCCGUUCACUUCUAGCCUAAUCUUCACCUAUCCUACUUCCUCUCUUGACACCAGUACUCCUACUUCGUCACAAGCACAGAGUCUUUCUGCAUCCUCCAUGACUCCGCAUGGUGCGUCCCAGACCUCCCGUAAUCCAGAGUCAUGUAGUAUUGCCCAUCGACGUAGCAGCAGCAGUGGGGAUCAGUCAGAUCAAUCCCUCAACUCCCCUACCAUCCUGACCAUUUAAUCGAUUUUACCUCAUGGGAAACAAGUGCUCUAAAUGUCUUUUAAUACCAAAUCAGAGGAACGCGUGUGUUUGUGAAUGCACUGACAAUUGUAUUGAUUGUACUAAACUUGUACCUUUAGCACUGUAUUGCCUUAUGUACACUGAGAAAAUAGGGUUGUAAGCCUUCAGACAACUAAGGGUUCCUGGCUUCCUAUAAAAUGGUUCCACUCAACUCUCUAAUGGAGAAACACACUGUUGAUGGAUUCCAUGUAUGACAUUUGGAACAAGGGUUCCCUCAGUGAGAGACAUCCAGUAAACCCUCAAAGUGGUUCCAGAUUUAAGCAGUUGUAACUUCACACUCACAAUGGGCAUUAAAUAGAACAAAUCAAAUACUGCAAAGCACAACAUAUUUAGUAUAUUCAGAGUACAAGCUUUUUAAACACUUAUGAAAACCAUAACUAUGAACUAUGCUGUAAACUACCUUAUGUAGAAAAGUGUUUACUUAUAUUUCAUACAAGACUUUUCUUAUUAGAAAUUCAUUAACUGACUACAUACUGACGAAUGGGCAUGUAAGGUUAUGACUAGAUGGACACUACAGUUUUUGACAGGUCUGACUUCUAUGCAAGUCAAAGCUAGGUCUCCUUUUUAAAAGUAUUUUUACAUGGUACAGUGUAUUAAGCUACUUGGUUACAUGUCGAGUUUAAAAUACUUGGGUGUUUGAUUUAUAUGAUCACGUGUGUUACAAGCCUGAAACAUUUCAAUAAUUGAGUUACACUGAUUCAUUUGAAUUUUUUUCGAUGACCUGUUCUUGGACAAAUAUGCACUUAAUAUAACU